GGGAGAGGGAAAAAAAAAAAAAAGAAGAAGAAGAAGAAGAAAAAGAGAGAGGGUAUUUGAGUCGAAACAUCGAUGGUGGUAGCUUUUUGGUUUCAAUCAGCGAUUUGAUGGCCAUAAGGCCGCUCAAUUUCAAAGUUUCUCCCAAUUACCAGACCCCUCUUCUCUCUUCUCUCUUCUCUCCUCCUCUCUUAUCCGCUUUCUCUCUUCCCCAAUCUCCGCCUUCAAUCUUCUUCUUCCUCCGUCGGAUUGCUUCCUCCGCCACCUCCCUUUCUCGUUCCCAACACCACCACCUCCCGCCUCAACCGCCCCACAGAACCAGCCCCCUUCUUCGUUCAUUAUCCCCGCAAGAAACCCUGGCGCAGAAGAUCGGCAAAUCGAUUCGCCGCCCUGGCGCUCCCUCCAAGGCUAGGGUUUAUGCCGAUGUUAACGUGAUCCGACCUAAGGAGUACUGGGACUAUGAGUCCCUCACCGUACAGUGGGGGGACCAAGAUAAUUAUGAGGUCGUGAGGAAGGUGGGAAGAGGGAAAUACAGCGAGGUGUUCGAGGGUGUUCACUGCACUGACAAUGAAAAAUGUGUCAUUAAGAUUCUUAAACCCGUGAAGAAGAAAAAGAUUAAGAGGGAGAUAAAAAUACUGCAGAAUCUUUGUGGAGGGAUAAAUAUCGUGAAGUUGCUUGAUAUUGUUCGAGACCAGCAAUCAAAGACACCAAGUCUUAUAUUUGAGCAUGUGAACAAUAUUGAUUUUAAAGUUCUUUAUCCAACACUUUCAGACUUUGAUAUUCGCUACUAUAUAUAUGAACUUCUAAAGGCUUUGGAUUAUUGCCACUCCCAAGGAAUUAUGCACCGAGAUGUCAAACCUCAUAAUGUGAUGAUUGAUCAUGAGCAACGUAAACUUCGUCUUAUAGAUUGGGGCCUUGCUGAGUUUUACCAUCCUGGGAAAGAGUAUAAUGUUCGUGUUGCUUCAAGAUAUUUCAAAGGUCCAGAACUUCUUGUUGAUUUACAAGAUUAUGACUACUCUUUGGACUUGUGGAGUCUUGGCUGCAUGUUUGCUGGAAUGAUUUUCCGUAAGGAGCCGUUCUUCUAUGGACAUGAUAAUUAUGACCAGCUGGUCAAAAUAGCUAAGGUGUUGGGGACAGAUGAAUUGAACACUUAUUUGAGUAAAUAUCGAAUAGAAUUAGACCCACAUCUUUCGGCUCUUGUUGGGAGGCAUAGUCGAAAACCUUGGACCAAGUUCAUUAAUGUUGACAAUCAGCAUUUGGCAGUCCCUGAGGCUGUUGACUUCGUUGAUAAAUUGUUGCGCUAUGACCAUCAAGAAAGACUGACUGCUAAAGAGGCAAUGGCCCAUCCAUACUUUUUCCCUAUUAGGAAUGCAGAAAGCAGCAGAACUCGGAACCAGUGAAAUCCAUUCCAGAUGGGAAGCUGACAAGUGUGCCUCUCUCAUAUUUCUCCGUCUCUGUCUGUAUUUUUGGCCAUCCUCUCUGAUGUUUAAGAACUUUAAUUUGGUGUAACGAGGAAAUGUGCCACUCCUUGUGUGCUGUAAAACCAAGUUAUUUCCCGUUAAUUUUCCCCGAAAUAUUUGGCUAAUUCUUAAGUAAAUUCUUUUUGCGUCGGUUAAUUUUUGAAAGCA